AUGCUGUUAAUUCUCGUUUCACUGCCACUUCUAGGAUUUUGUCUGGAGAACACUAAUCUGAACUAUGUACAUGAUGGAGAUGCUACGAUAAAGAAUGCAGUACAAAGAGCCCCUAAGGACUCGAAGGAGCCAUUGCCUGCUUACAUCUACAAACCGAUCCCAAACCAUAAGUUCAAGUAUUCCAACUUCAAAUACCCAAUAGCGACUUCCACGCAGGAACCACUACGAUCAUUCGAGUAUGUAGUAAACACACCGUUGCAAGUUGAUGAACCUCCGCCACCGCUGCCCGCACCCGCUCAGCAACAAUUCAUUCCAACACCGUAUUUUCUGCCCUAUUUCACUAACGAUAUGCCGUUGUAUGCCGGCUACCGUAUGCUUAUGAAUAGUCAAGCUUCGAUACCAUCACUCGUCGAUUAUCUCGGAGCAGCUAAGGAGUCAAACAAUCCCAGAUAUGCUGAUUAUGUUGGGCGAUUAGGAGGAACUGAGUGUGGCGAAGCUCGUAUUCGUGAAUUACAAUCCAAACUCUAUAUUGUUCCACAGAGGCUGGGUCUACGAUUCCUGAAAACUGCGUCACAAAGGCUACAUUCGAGUUGGAAGAGUUCGAAGAAUCCUAGAAGUCUUCCAUAUGGAAGUUAG